AUGUUUCAGCUACUCGUGGAACGACUCGGUGGCCUUACCAACAGGCGAAUUUUCUACCUGCCAUUCUCGCGUUCUUCUCCAAUUACUCCUGAACAUGCAUCAACUAUCCAGUCACUGUUUGAGGAGUGCAAACACAUUGGCGGUGUCCUUGUCGCACAAGCGGAUCAUGUCCUCUCUUUCAAGUUGAUGACUGUGGAGCAACAGCUUUCCUACACGAAGGCAAACAGACAGCCCUCGACUGAAUCUGCCACAUCCGUGCUGCAAAGUCAAUGGUGGCUUGAUACAUACACUCAUGAUAUACUUGAUGAGAGUGAUGAACUGUUGCAUGUUCGUUUUCAACUUGUCUAUGCUAUGGGCGACCAACAGCAGUUGGAAGGAUAUCCCGACCGAUGGACCACGACACAACAGGUGUUGACUCUCGUGGCAAAACGUGCUCGUUGCCUGCACCGAGAUUUUCCUCUUGGAGUAGAGUUUCAGUCCGGUGCUGUCGGAAGCUUUCCACGAUUCAGAGUCCUAGACGUUCGUGCAGGUGAAAAGUUGGUUCAGCUGGUUUUUGAUGACAUCCUUGACGGAGAACUUCCAAACUUCGCUUUCGAACAUGUGCCACUUCAUAUAAAAGACGCCAUCCGCAAUAUUGUCACUAAAGCCGACAUGGACGUGCAGUGUCUUGAUCAAGUCCGAAAUUACUGCACUGGGACCAGUCUGUGGAAUGGACUACUACUCAUUCGAGGUCUCCUUGCACUCGAUUACGGCCUGGAUCCUCGACGCACGAUGCUCGCUGUGCCAUACCGAGCCAAAGAUAUUCCCUCUUCCAAGGCAGAAUUCGGACAUCCAGACAUCUCAAUCGCCCUUACAUGUCUUUCAUACUACUAUGCAGGGCUUACUGAGGACCAGUUAGCUACCUGCUUCCGCCACCUGCUGAAGCAAGACAAUCCCGCAUUGGAUGGAAUCAACAUGCGGUCUGCUGAGCAGUUCAAUGCCUGUCUGGUGCCUCUCUUCGGACAAACCAAGGCUGUUGUAGACUUCUUCUUGGCUCAGAUCGUUUUUCCAAAGGAAGCAAAGAGAUUUCCCCACAAAUUAUCUUGCUCUGCAUGGGACCUCGCAGAGCGAAAGUCUUUUCCUACUACUGGCUUCAGUGGAACAAACGAUUUGCGUUACUUACUUCCCACUUCCAUAUCGCAGCAUACAUUGGCACACCAGCGUGGCACAAACGCCAGAGUUCUCACAUACCUUUUGCAACACGAAAACGAUCACUACAAUUCACAUGCAGCUGGUAAAGGCGCUCGGGAGCUCCUUAGGGUCAUCGCGGAGCAGUCGCCAGAAAUACGGGUCUUGCUCGAUGUGGGUGCACAACUGCUUGAAUUGCAGAAUGACGAGGUGGCGGAGAUGUGGCUAGAAAUCAACCGAGAUGUUCAAGCAGCGAUUUAUUUCAACGAGCACGAUGGACUUGUGGUGCGCACUCGGGAUCAAGUUGUAGAGCUAUUCACUGCGUCUUGCUAUGCUCAGCAACUAGAUCAGUGUGUCUUUUACCUGGAUGAUGCACACACCCGAGGAACGGACAUCAAGUUGCCUCUGGGGUUACGCGCAGCUGUCACAUUAGGACCAAAGGUCACUAAGGACCGACUUGUUCAAGGUUGCAUGCGCAUGAGAAGGCUCGGUCACGGCCAUUCAGUCAUGUUUUUUGCGUCUCCAGAAGUAGAUCACAGCAUCCGGGACGUCAACAACAAGGGCCUUGCUGAGGACAUCCACGUGUCAGAUAUCCUUGUGUGGGCAAUGAUUGAAACGUGCGCGGACAUACGCUGUCAUGCUCCACGGUGGCUUCAGCAUGGCAUGGAUCAUAAAUCUCGCUGCUGUUCAUGGUCUUCAUUGUUAUCCGGCAAUAUUUCUCCUGCUGAAUUUGCCAAUUCAUGGCGUCAGCCAGAGUCCAAUCACUUGGAAGGGCUAUAUGCCCCAGCUCUGAUGGGUGACUCUGCCCCACAGACAUUUGUAGAAGAAGAUCUUUUGGGAAGAUUCCACAAGCUGGGGUUCGGUAUUUUGCCUGAAAACCGCCUGGACGAAGAGCAAGUGAGAGAAGUGGUGAAUGAAGUCGAGCUCCAGCACGAGGUUGAGAGGCCGCUGUCGGUGGUACCUGCAAACCAUAUAAUUGACGAGGACGUCCGGUACUUCAUCCGAACAGGCUGUAUUCCGAAAGGAUCGGGUGUGUUCACCCCAGUUUUCGAUGUUCUCGCCACAACUUCGGCUGCCAUUUCAGGGAGGCAGCCGUGGACCCAUCAUGUGCUUGCCUCGAAGGAUUUCACUACAGUUCUGGCCAGCUUCUCAGACAAAACAGACAACUACAUUCGCCCAGUCAACUGGAUUCUUUCAAGCACAGCGUCUGGUGUGCCAGUGUUGGUCAUCAUUAGCCCCUUCGAGGCUAACGCCUUUUUACCAGCAAUCUGGGCAAGUACGCAAGUUCACUUGCACAUCUAUACACCACGUGUCACCAGAAUGAUGAAGUCAUGCGAUGGCUUGCAACUUUACAGUAUACCAUUGCUCCCCACGCAGUGGGUGCCGCAUGAGAUCCUGAUCCUCCAGCUCAAUAUCUUUGCUGGACAAUUAUACUUUCCUCAUCACGGUGCAUAUGUGAAACUGUGUCGUUUCUUGGGGAUCUACACCGCGGAUCUCGAGGGCCAGUGUGCCUUUGAAGUUCAAAAUGAUGGGUUCAUUAGGCCAGAGGAUCGGCCUCCUUCUGUGAAUCAACCCGACAUCUUCGAACAAUCACCUAUCCCCAUGUUGAAAGCACUUUUCAGUAUAUGA